GAGACGGGUGACUGCAGGUGGUCCACGACAAGCUCCCACGAUGCCGGGGAUGGUGCUCUUUGGCCGUCGCUGGGCCAUAGCUAGCGACGAUCUAGUCUUCCCAGGCGCCUUCGAGCUCUUUCUUCGAGUGGUCUGGUGGAUUGGAAUUCUUAUUUUGUAUCUCAAGCAGAAAGGAAAGCUUAAUUGUGUUGGGGGAGCUUUGUUGAAUAGCUAUCUGAUUGUACUCAUUAUUCUUCUGGCUGUUAUAAUAUGUGUUAUAUCAGCAGUUGUGUAUGUCAGCAUGAAAGGAACCAUUUGUAAUCCUGGACCUCGAAAGUCUAUGCCCAAGCUGAUUUAUAUUCGUCUAGCACUGUUUUUGCCAGAGAUGGUCUGGGCUUCUCUGGGAGUAGCUUGGAUAGCAGACAGUGGUGUUCACUGUGAUAAGACAGUUGUGAAUGCCAUAAUUGCAACAGUCAUUGUCAGGUGUUCUUACAUCACAGACACUGAUCUUGUGCCCAGUGAUAUAGCUGCAGGUCUGACUCUUCUCCAUCAGCAGCAGGAUAAGAAAAUAAAGGAUCCUGAGGAAGUUGUAUGUCAUUUCCUGGAAGCCUCCCAGGAAUCUGAUUUGGAUACAGAAUUGGAAAAUUGUCACCAUUAUGUGCAGUUUGCAGCAGCUGCUUAUGGGUGGCCUCUCUAUAUUUAUAGAAAUCCACUUACAGGUUUCUGCAAGAUUGGUUGUGAUUGUUGCAGAAACAGAACAGCAGAAUUUGAGUUUAUUGGAGGUGAUAAUCUCACUUGUCAUUUCGGAUCCAUCCUGCAUACAACUGGACUACAGUACAGGGACUUCAUUCACAUCAGCUUUCAUGAUAAGGUGUUUGAACUUCCUUUUUUAGUUGCUUUGGAUCAUAGGAAAGAAACUAUUGUAGUAGCUGUAAGAGGAACCAUGUCGCUUCAGGACAUCCUCACUGAUCUGUCAGCUGAGAGUGAGAGCCUGAAUUUAGAAUGUGAGGUGCAAGAUUGUUUUGCACAUAAGGGGAUUUCUCAGGCUGCCAAAUAUGUUUACCAAAGACUGAUCAACGAUGGAAUUUUGAGUCAAGCAUUCAGCAUUGCACCUGAAUACCAGCUUGUUUUAGUAGGUCACAGUUUGGGAGCCGGAGCAGCUUCUUUAUUGGCCAUCAUGCUUAAAAAUUCUUAUCCAGAAGUCAAGUGUUAUGCUUUUUCUCCCCCCAGGGGACUUCUAAGCAAAUCCCUUUCUGAAUAUUCCAAAAGCUUUAUCAUAUCACUUGUUCUUGGAAAAGAUGUUAUUCCAAGGUUAAGUGUGACCAACCUGGAAGAUUUAAAGAGAAGAAUACUGAGAGUGAUUGCUCACUGUAAUAAGCCUAAGUAUAAGAUCCUAUUGCGUGGAUGUUGGUAUGAACUGUUUGGAGGCGAUCCAGAUAACUUCCCAACAGAAUUGGAAGGGGGAAACCAGGAAGACCUGACUCAACCUCUGCUGGGAGAGCAAAGUCUGUUGAUACAUGGAUCACCUUCGUACAAUUUUUUUGAUGACUCUCCUAGAGAAUCCCCAACUAGGUAUCCUCAUCUGUAUCCUCCUGGAAGAAUUAUCCACCUUGUAGAAGAUGACUGUUCAGGGAGAUCUUGUUGCUGUUCCACUUCCAGAUAUAGUGCAAGAUGGGCAACUGAAGCAGAAUUCAGCAAAAUUCUUAUAGGCCCCAAAAUGUUAACAGACCACAUGCCAGACAUCCUUAUUAGAGCCUUAGAUCAUGUAGUCUCUGAGAGAUCAACUUGUAUUUCUUGUCCAACCCAAGGAGACUUUAAUACUAAUGUAGCAUAACCAUAGCUUUUGGAAAACAGCAGUAUUUUUCAUCAUAUUUUGGGUACUCCAGGGACAACUGACCGAUUUGUAUUUGAAUAAUUUAUGAAGAAAUUAGAGAUUGGGUUUUUGCCACUUGGAAGUGACCAGUUAUCUGGGAUUUUGAAUACUCUGAGGAAACCUCUGUAUGAGGAAAAGCAACUAGUGGAAGGAAUCUUAAUGACAGUUUUAACAGAAUCAGGUAUGAAAGGAAAAAGCAUUGGGGGUAAGACAGAAUUACCUCCAGACAUGGAAAUAAUCUUAGAAGAGCCUAUAGGAAACUAUUUUUAGAGACUUAAAGAAGGAUGUGGCCCUUUUCUCUGUCAGCCGUGGAAUAAACUGCUUCUCUCUAGUAGCCAGGUUGUGAAGGGCCAUGUGCUCAUUAUGGUUGUGGCUGAAAUUUAGAGCAAGAAGUAGAGGUUGGUACCCUUAUUGUCAUAUUUAACAACCAUUUCUUAAGCCACUAAAUUUAUCUACAGGGAUUAAUUACCUCAAAUGCAACCCCUUAACUAGCAAAGCCUAUACUGUCACAGAACUCUAGAUUUAUUUGAUUCUUUUUUCCCAGCCUUCCAAGGGUGCAUUACAUUUUUUAACAGAUUCUCCUAACUCAAUCAAACCCAAAUAUGGUUAGCCAUGAAUAAAAUAAGAUGUGUUAAAAGUUUCCAUUAAAAGGUUAUCCUCAGGGAGAGGCAAGGCAAAAUACAGUCAGUGGCCCCUUGAAUAAACAAUGAGCUCUCUACAUAGGGAGCUCUUGCUAGGAAUCCUUUUGGUAAGCCCCAUCCCCACUUUGCCACAGACUUCUGCAGAAACAGAACUCCCAACCUAAAGCUGUAGGAGAGCAGAAGGGAGGCAGUGUAAGGUAAGAUGGGGAAUCUGCUCCUUCAAUGUGCGCUUUCUGACCUCAGCCAGAGGUCAGGAGCCUUUUCUAUUUGGACUUGCUGUUGUUCACUUUUAGGCCCGCAGUCCUGCACAUGCAGGCACCCACACCCCUUUGUACAUUUUCCUUCACUUAAAAUUAUUUUGUAGACAGCCAGUAUGUCUUUUUUUUUUUCAUCCUCUUUGGACCAACAAUCAUAAAAAGCAAAAAGAGAAAAAAGAAAACAAAGCACUUAUACAUAUCACUAUAGUAUUCAUAUAGUGAUGUACUUUUCUAUGGAAUUUAUUUUCAAAACCUUAGAAUAUGCCUGAUCAAACAGCCAUCAUGUUUUGCAUGUGUUUAUAUUAUGCUAUUGUAAAUAGAAAUAAAGUCUUUAAGAAUUUUUGUUAAUACAA